AUGGCUCCCAGCGGCGCUGACCGCAAAACAGAAAAGUCCUACCUGUCGUCAGCCGUCGACUCUAUUAAUCCCUGGUCCGGCAGUCGGAGCUCAACGCCCACCCCAAGAGAUCCUCCGCCUCAGCCUGUUCCUGCGCCAGCGGCCCGUCCAGGUGAUCAUAGCAUCACUCACUUAUAUGGCCAGAGCACCAAGAGCUACCCCGCCGACUGCCCUCCGCUCAACGUCCUGUGGUAUCAUGCUACCGAUGUGCCCAAGCGGAAGCCGCAAUUCUUGAGAGACAAACCGAAACCCACCGACGAUGCUAAACCUCCGCCCCAACCGAAGAAGUUUCUGCCCUUCGCCAAGGGAGAUUCGAGAGCCAUAGAACUCGCUUACCAGCGUCUACUGGAGGAUUCCGAGAAGCGAAGAGGCGAUCGAUCGCAGCGCAACGUGUCUGGCGGCUCUCGACGAGGCCGUAAGACCACCGGCGAUGAUGGGCCGCACAGUAGCUUAGAGACGAGCCCUGAGAGCGCCCCUAAAACGCGCGUUCCGGUGAACGAGGACUACCUCUUCGAUGUGGACAUUGAGAAACGCGAGCUGGAGCCCGUAUACUGGCUCGGGCCUGUGUAUGAGGUUCGCCGCGGUACUUGGUUCUACGACGAAGGCUCGUCCUUGAGACCAUGCGAGGAGAAUCUAGCGUCUCAGCUUGAGGAAGGAUACCUCAAGGUCAAGCCUUGGCUGUAUCCCAAGCCUCGAGUUCGAAGCGACUCAAACAAGAAGGACGUCACCCCAAAAGCGUCAGUUGAUAACUUGCGGGCCGUUGCAACGGCUUCUGCGGCCGCGGAGGGUAACAACAAGCCGCAACCGCCGCAGAAUCAACAUCAACCCUCAUCUCACAGGCUAUUCGGCACAUGGAUGAACAGUAUUGCGACAUACCAGGAUUCCACGACAGCCUGGAUAACAUCCGACAGCAUGCUAGGCUGGGUGACCUCGACGAUGUACGAACGAUUCUCCGGUGGCGGCUUCAUGAGCGGUGUCAAGCUGGUGAGAGGUUACUCUGAUGUCUCCAAGAACAAAAAGGAGAAACAGCCGGCUACGCCCACCGAGGCCGCUGCCCCGGCGCAGAAAGAUGAUAAAGACCAAAAGAAGCUGAAGCGAAGAUCCGCACCACCAACCUCUAGACCGUCGCAGUCCAACGAUGACUUGACGCGCGCAGAGAACGAAGAAACCAGAGAGACUAGCUUGCAGAGGCAGAUCUCAUCCUUGAUGGAAGGGGCCGAACAUCGCAACCAAGAGGAACAGGAAGAAGAGAUUAGGAAGCGCGAGGAGAAGGAGAUCGAAAACGACUACAACGGCCAGUUUGGCGAAACGCAAGGACGUGACAUUGAGCACUUGGUGCUCGUGACUCAUGGAAUUGGCCAGCUUCUCGGGAUCCGAAUGGAGAGCGUCAACUUUGUACACGACGUGAACAUCCUCCGCAAGAACCUCAAAUCGGUCUACUCGAGUUCCGCAGAUUUGCGGGCUUUGAACUCGGAACUGGAAGAUGGGCCGAGAAACUGUCGAGUGCAGGUAUUGCCUGUCUGCUGGAGACACUUGUUGGACUUUCCCAAGAAGAGAGAGAAGAAGAAUGAACGGGACAUUGGAGACGGCGCCUUAGACGAAGAUGAAUACCCGUCUCUAGAAGACAUAACGAUAGAGGGCGUUGCCUUUGCCAGGUCUUUGAUUUCGGACCUUGCCCUCGACGUUCUACUGUACCAGAGCGCGUACCGCGAACAGAUCGCUGAGAUCGUUCUUAAAGAGUCGAAUAGGAUUUUCAAGCUGUUCAUGGCCCGCAACCCCGAGUUCAAAGGCAAGGUGCACGUCAUCGGGCAUUCUCUCGGGUCUGCCAUCAUGUUCGAUAUCCUCUGCCGGCAGAAGGAAAAGGUCAAGGCCCCGGACACACCAAGGAGUGCCCUGCGCUUCUGGCAGCCGCAAGAUAAGGCCGAGGGCGCCAGGGAUCGCGAAGCGAAUGAGCUCAAGUUUGAGUUCGACGUCGAUGACCUUUACUGUCUGGGAUCGCCGGUGGGCCUGUUCCAGAUGCUCAAGGGCCGGACCAUAUCAGCACGCCACCUUCCCCAUGCACUUCCGUCGGAAAGUCCCCUAAAUCCUGAUUUGAUGGACGAUCCGUUCCUCGCAGCGGCGCCGACAUCUCCAUCCCAACGGGUGUCUGCAAUCACAGGCUUACCAUAUUCCGUCUCGUCGCCAAAAGUCGCACAACUAUUCAACGUGUUCCAUCCUUCCGACCCGAUAAGCUACAGGCUCGAGCCUCUCAUAUCUCCCGCCAUGUCCACUCUCAAGCCCCAAGUACUGCCUUACACGAAGAAGGGCAUAUUCGGCAAUGUGGCACAGCAAGGGUUGAGUGGUAUCGGAAUGAAGGUCGGCGCGAGUGUCAGCGGUCUCUGGUCCAGCUUGAGUGCGGGAAUCGCCAGCAACAUACUGAACAGGAGUCUCGGUCUGAGCAACGAGGACGUGGCCAAGAUGAACUCGGCAUCAGCGCAACCCCAAGUCUCCGCUCAAGGGGCAAACAUGGCGGACAACGGUGUGAUUUCUGACGCAUCGAAGCUGGGGGAGAAGACGAAUGAGCGCAAGAAGCAGCUGGCGGAUUCGAAAUCCAUGAUGGGCCGCACGAGCUUGAGCGGUAACGAGAUGACGCUUAUCGACGAUGAGCUGGAGACACUCUACUCCAAGUUCCAGGAGAAGCGGGUGGACCUGGCCAAGACGAAUGAUGACGGCGACGCGACGGACUGGAUAGAGGCGGAACGGAAGUCUCAGAAAUUGCGGCGCGAGGAGAUGAAAGUGCGAGCUCUCAACCGCAACGGACGUGUCGACUACAGCAUCCAGGAGUAA